GGUUGGUGUGUAAUGGUGGUGGGGGAGGAGUUAUGCACAGCCUCGCUGUCGCCAGCCUUCCGCCUUUUUUUUCCCUUUUUUCCUUUUCCCCUGGAGGAGGGAGAAUCAAGAGUCGCCAGCUUUAGUUUGGCCAUCAGCAGCAGCACGGAGGAGGCCGGCCACCACGAGUCGCUGGUUGCACGAAAAGUCGGUUGCUUGAUUGAUUCGCUUCUUUGGCGGCGCGUCGUUCUGUGCUGCGUGAAACGGUGGAAGCCCCCCGAUCCCCAUGGCCUACCGCCGGAAGCAGGGCGCCGCCGACGAUCGCCGGAGCUCCUAUCCUCAGGACUCUGCUUCGUCACACAGUUACACGUCGUUCAAAAGAAUAAAUGAGCCCAAGCUUGGAUUGUGGCAAACUUUGGCAAGCAAAGCCAAGGGAAUUCUCGACGAGGACGCCUUGGCGCACAAGUUUGAGGACUUCAGGAAAGAACGACCCCGCAGCAGCACCAGUUCAUCCAGUGGAGAUCAGGUUCCUCAGUCUCGUUGGUCACUUGAAAACCACUGGAAGACAGGAGAUGCUGCUGCUCGAAUCAGGCCGGAGGCUCUUUCUGCUUCUGUCAACCAGCUUGGUGGAAGAAUAAAAAAUGCCUUGGAAGAGGGACUCACAAUUGUGGAUAAUAAGACAUCCAGUAUCAUUGAGGAAACAAAGAAAAUUCAAAUCAGAAGGAAGCCAACAAGUUCAAGUUCUUACAUGUCAAAUUCAGCAGUACAUACAGUCAGCACUCCUAAUCUCUCAUUGGAUCAAGCUGAAGCUGCAGCUGAGGAGACUCAAUUGAAAGCUUCUCGUAACGUUGCUAAUGCAAUGGCUGCUAAAGCGAAACUUGUACUCCGUGAACUGAAAUCCGUUAAAGCUGAUCUAGCUUUUGCAAAGCAGAGAUGUGCUCAGCUAGAAGAAGAGAACAAGUUAUUGCGAGAAACAAAGCAGAAAGGGAGCAAAACUGAAGAGGAUGAUGACUUGAUCCGUGUGCAACUGGAGACCUUACUAGCCGAGAAAUCAAGGCUGGCACAGGAAAACUCGACGUAUGCACGUGAAAAUCGCUUCCUGCGUGAGAUAGUAGAUUUUCAUCAGUUCAGUACUACCCAGGACGUUGUCUCUUUGGAUGAUGGUGACGUGGGAGAAGAUGACCCAGAAGAGGACAGCGACCUCAUUUACAGUGAGAAUAUGUUACCUGUGGUUGAAGAAAAUUCAGGUGAUGAAGAACUCUCCCCUGUGCCCUCGAGGCCUGAAUCUCCAACCGUCAGCCCAGGGGAUCCAGCGUCUCCCAUAUCCAGCAACUCUCCGAACCCCUCAAAGCCAGAUGCAUCAGCAUCUGACACAGCUUGACGCAUGCGAAUUGUUGCCAUCUUGUUUGUGGGAUUUCAAAUGGUUUUGGUGGUGCUCUUGUGUGCAUAAAAUUUUGCCCAUUCUUUAUCCACAUUGGUUUGCAAUUGUAAUAUAGUUACAGGUUUCUGCUUGUGUAUAAAGUGUAUAGCUUGGUUCCCUUCAUGCGGGGGUUUUUGUGAAAGCGGACUCGUGUGAUUACUGGGGGCCUGUAGUGUAUACGGUCUGUCCGCGUGUACAGUACAGUGUACCGAUUAUUGGUGAAUCUGGCAGUUGUGAAUAGGCAAGAUGAAGAUAACUUUGGAGUU